AUGUCCGCCGGCCGUUUCGUUCCAUCGAUGACGUUCGUCCUGCUGGGCUCGGCAGUAGUAUUGCUGCUAAAUCACGUACUACCAGCGGCACCACUCGAUUGCAGCACGGACUCGGCGAACGUGGAGAACCGGCUCAAGAAGUCGCUGCUCUGCAAUGGCUACCGGGCCGACACACGCCCAAGGAAGGACCGGUCGGAAACGGUCAACGUGACGGCUUCCUACCUCGUCCUCAGUUACGAAUUCGACGACGUGGACGAUAUGCUGGAAAUGAACGUGAUGUUGAACAUGCACUGGUACGACGACUACAUCCGCUGGAACAGCUCCGCCUGGGGCAACAUCGAUCGCGUGGCGAUCAACGCGGACGAGCUGUGGCUGCCGGACUUUCGCCACUUUUCGUCGUUCCUAAACCCGGUAUCGCUCCCGGAGUGCACCAAUCCGCAGUGUCUGGUUCGGUCGGAUGGGCUGGUGACGUGCGGGCCGGUCUGCAGCCUGAACACCAAGUGCCACGCCGACUACUCCCGGUGGCCGUUCGAUAUGCACGAUUGUGGCAUGUGGUACGGAAUGUGGGCUCACUCGAUGGACGAGGUGGAUGUGCACGGGCGGAACAUCUGCCUGGCGCAUGGCGACAUCAUCGUCAGCCCCAAGUGGCAGGUGGUUUCGCUGGAGCAGGACCGCGAAACCUUGAAGUCGGGGCACAACUUUGAGUACUCGGUGCUGUACUUCCGGCUGACGGUGCAACGGCGAUCUAGCUUCGAGACCGUGGCCGUCCUCAGCCCGAUUCUGGUGCUCGCGCUGCUCAAUCUGUACACCGUGUGGCUCCGCUCGGACAGUCUCGAAAGGAAGGCGCUGCUGGUCGUGUCUAUCUACUGUCACUUUAGCUUCCUCCAGUUGAUGGAAUGGGCGCUUCCGAACAAUCGCGGUUCGCUUCCAGGAUGCAUGAUAUUCUUCACCAACUCCCUUGUCCUGACCGGACUGAUACUGUUGCUCACGCUGUUCAACUGCUGGAUCCGAUCGGGACUAAACGGAAACGCCAUGCUGAACCGGUUGACGGGAUCUUUAUCCGAUAAUCGCGUCGCCGAGCUCAUUCUAGCGGCCGACUAUCUUGGGCUAAAUUACAAGGUUACCAAAAAUGAAACCGAAAACGGUUGGGAAAAGCGAGCGACGUUGUUCGAUCGUAUGCUGGCGGUAAUGAGUUUGCUGUUCUAUUUGGCACUUUGUUUCAUGUAUCUUACGUUUAACCACAGACCGGUGGUAGAUGAUGGUAUGUGUAUUCAACAGCGUACGAACUAGAAGGAAACUGCGGGGACAAAAACUAUCUUAAAACAGGUGACAAGUCU